AUGCACAAGCGCACGUUCACGGGCUUCACGCCGAAGGAGAUUCUCGCGAUCGAUGCGUCGAUUCCGGCAAAGUCGCGUGAGGUGUGGAAGAAGUUUGCGGUGAAGGAGUUCGCAAAGAUGGAGGACUUCCAAGAGGACUUCAUCCGCCACGUGGAAACAACGCUCGCACGCUCGUUAUACAACUGCGACGACCUUGCGGCGUACCAGGCCGCGAGCUUCACGCUCCGCGACAAGCUCAUUGUCGAAUGGAACAAGACGCAGCAGAAGCAGACGUUGCGCGACCCGAAGAGAUUGUACUACCUCUCGCUCGAAUUUUUGAUGGGGCGUUUCUUGGACAACGCGGUGAUCAAUCUUGCGAACAAUGAGACGUUCAGCAGCGCGGUGGACGAGUUGGGGUUCCGUUUGGAGGACUUAAUCCUGCAGGAACCAGAUGCCGGGUUGGGGAACGGAGGUUUGGGACGUCUUGCGGCGUGUUUCAUCGAUUCCUUGUCCACCGGUGAUUACCCCGGCUGGGGCUACGGCUUACGCUACCAGUACGGAAUCUUUGCGCAGAAGAUUAUUGACGGGUACCAGGUGGAGACUCCUGACUACUGGUUGACGUAUCUGAACCCGUGGGAAAUCCCACGCUUGGAGAUCCAGAUUCCCGUGCAUUUUGGAGGGCAUGUUUACCAGGACGACGCGGGGAACUCGAUCUGGGAAGGGGACGAGAGCGUUCUCGCGACGGCGUAUGACUAUCCGAUUCCGGGGUUCCAGACGACCAACGUGAACAAUUUGCGCUUGUGGUCCGCUAAGCCAACCACGGAGUUUGACUUCAACAAGUUCAAUUCGGGGGACUACCAAAACUCGGUCGUGGACCAGCAACGCGCGGAGUCCAUCACCGCGGUGUUGUACCCAAACGACAACUUUGACAGUGGAAAACAGUUACGCUUAAAGCAGCAAUACUUCUGGGUCGCGGCGUCGCUCCACGACAUUGUGCGUCGCUUCAAGAAGUCGCGUCGCCCAUGGCGCGAGUUCCCGCAGCAGGUUGCGAUCCAGUUGAACGACACGCAUCCGACGAUCGCGGUGGUCGAGCUCCAGCGCAUUCUCAUCGACGUUGAGCAGCUUCCAUGGGUAGAGGCUUGGGGGAUUGUCACUGCGACGUUCGGUUACACCAACCACACGGUCAUGGCGGAGGCAUUGGAGAAAUGGCCAGUCGAUGUGUUCGGCCGCCUUUUGCCACGCCACUUGCAGAUCAUCUACGACAUUAACUUCUACUUCUUGAAGGAAGUGGAGCAGAAGUUCCCGAGCGACCGGGAAAUCACCGGUCGUGUGUCGAUCAUUGAAGAGUCCUCACCAAAGCAGAUCCGCAUGGCGUUUUUGGCCAUCGUGGGCUCCCACAAGGUUAACGGAGUUGCGGAGUUGCACUCCGAGUUGAUUAAAACAACCAUUUUCAAAGACUUUGUCAAGGUAUAUGGUGCGGAUAAGUUUACCAAUGUGACGAACGGGGUGACCCCUCGCAGAUGGCUUCGCCAGGCGAAUCCCGGGUUGUCCGCGUUGAUUGCGUCCAAGCUCGGGGGGUACAGUUAUUUGAAGGACUUGUCGCAGUUAAAGCGCUUGGAGGAGUUUGCGGAGGAUAAGGACUUCUUGCACGAGUGGGAUGCGAUCAAGGUUAAGAACAAGCAGCGCCUCGCGGCGUUGAUCAAGAAAUUGACCGGGAUUGAGGUGCGUGGGGACGUGCUUUUCGACAUCCAGGUCAAGCGGAUCCACGAGUACAAGCGCCAGCAACUUAAUGUGUUUGGGGUGAUCCACCGCUAUCUCACACUCAAGGGCUUGUCGCCUGAAGCGCGCGCGCAGUACGCGCCGAAAGUGGUUAUUUUUGGAGGCAAAUCCGCGCCCGGUUACUACAUGGCCAAGUCUAUCAUCAAGUUGGUGACUUCCGUGGGCGAUGUUGUGAACAACGAUGCGGAUAUUGGCGAUUUGUUGAAGGUGGUGUUCAUUCCGGAUUAUAACGUUUCCAAGGCGGAGAUUAUUGUCCCAGCAUCGGAUAUUUCUGAACACAUUUCGACCGCGGGGACUGAGGCUUCCGGAACGUCCAACAUGAAGUUUGUGCUCAAUGGUGGGUUGAUUAUUGGGACCGUGGACGGUGCCAACGUUGAAAUCACCCGCGAAAUCGGCGAGGACAACAUCUUCCUCUUUGGGAACCUCGCAGAGUCAGUGGAGGACUUGCGUAACAACCACCGGUUCGGCAAGAGCGCCAUUCCAGAGUCGUUGGCACUGGUGUUUGACGCGAUCGAAGGCGGUGUUUUCGGUCAUGCAGAUGAGUUCCGUAGCUUGGUUGAUUCCGUCAAAUGGCACGGCGACCACUACUUGGUCAGUGACGAUUUCGACUCCUACUUAGAAGCCCACAAGUUGAUCGAUGAGGCUUACAAGGAUCACGAUGCGUGGGUCAAGAAGUGUGUGUUGAGUGUGGCUAACAUGGGCUUUUUCUCUUCGGAUAGAUGUAUUUCUGAGUACGCCGAGGGCAUUUGGAAUAUUGAGCCAGUCAAUGACAAAUAG